GAACCAUCCAUCUAUCGCUCUCUCUCCUUCUUUCUUCCCAUCUCUUCCUCAUACAAACCCAUCAUCGUCACUCCAUGUCUCAACGUUCUGCACUCCUCUCUGGCGCUUCCUAGAUAUCUCACAGCUGCGAAAGCCACGAGUCGGACGUUCUCAUCCUGGUCAACACACUAAGUGAGAUUCCGCCUUGUUCUGAAAAGAACCUUGUGAUUGCUACACGAUGACAGUGUCUGUGUCAAUGACAAGACCUAUUGAGCACGCCAUGCUGGCGAGAGCUAUUGGAUACUCCAACUUUGAGAUCUAUGGACCCAUUCUCAUCGGCACAUUCCUCGGCGUCUUUGGUUGCGGAGCAGUCGUGCUUGGUACAUUCAUGUACCUGGAUCGAUAUCGCCAGUCCUCAUGGUUCAGUAAGAGCUUGCUCAUCGUGGUGACUCUCCUCAAUAUCGCCCAGAGCGCCUCUGACUGUUCCCGAGUGCUCAAAAUACUGGUGUAUUACCCGAACCUGCGCUACUUUCUCGAUCUUCGGACCCGCCCAGAGGAAAUCAUCAGUCCCGUGCUGUCCAUCUUGAUUUGCACCAUCGUUCAGCUCUUCCUCGUCGAUCGAUGUCUACUCUUCACCCGUAUCAAUCAAGUUCCCCUAGAGCGUACGUCGCCUCACGCCAAGCUCUCUAUCUGGCUCAUGGGAGGGCUUCUCUGCAUCGGCGUUGCGUUGAGCUUUGCUGGAGGACUGGGAACAGCUAUUGCAUUGCACGACCUGGACAGCUUUCUCCAAGCGUUUCGAGGCUUCAAUCCCACUGGGACGUUUCCGACACUAGCCACGAUCUGGCUCAGUGCCUCUGCUGCCACGGACAUUCUCAUCUCGAGCGUGAUCAUCUAUCAGCUGUGGAACGCCAUCCACGAUAAGAAGAAGCUCAUCAAAAGCCGAAUGUUGAGCUCCAUGAUGACGGUCAUGAUCCACGGGGGGCUCGUCUUGACCCUGCUUCAAGUGGCAAUCCUAGUCACCUACUUCCAGUCCGACUCUGCAUGGUCCGACUUCCCGACCAUUUUCAUUUCCAAGGUCUAUUCGUUGACCCUGCUCGCUUCGUGGAUUCUCCCUCGCCAGACCCAUGACAUUCCCGCUCCGCGACAGAAGGUCCUUCGUCGAGCACAUCUCUCCAUCCCUAUGACGGCCGAUCUGCCCGCUCCCAUCGAUCCUGAUCAAGGCCGACGAAACUACACCGAGCCCCGAUCGCUCUUCACAGAUACAGAGCUCAGUGUAAGAAAGUUUCCCCGAACGUCAAGUAUCACGGAGGGCUGCGAGUCUGUUGAAAUUCGAAGUCCACGAACGUUUGGCGAAGUCUCUGGACUACAGCUGGAAGGGGUGACGGACGAGGUCACUUCGAUGGACUAUCAGAGGCCUGAGAGGUGGAGAAGUGAUCAGGCGCCACUCAGCGAUAGGAGUUUGAAAGUGGUAGAGGAGACCAGUCAGGUCUGAGACGAUCGAGAAGAGCAAAGAAGGAGGAGACACUGGAAGGUGGCAGGGUUACUCAGCUCAAACGAUACGGAGGGCGUAUAACGACAUGGGCAUUUCAUUUUUGGGGGGCAAUUGUAUUCUUACUGGUCAUAUAUUUUAGGGGAUUUCCAUCCUUGCGGUCGCUUGUACUAUGCAUCAACG